AUGAUUAUUAGCACCGGUUCCCUGCAGAAAACUGCAAUAAUUGAACUUCAAAAUUCCUUUUAUUUUGCUAAUCCCCGUCAUGCUAGAACUGAAUUUUUUAUUGAUGGAUUUCUAUGGUAAUUUUUAUUGUUAAUUAUUUUGUGUGGAAUAAAUUGAAUCAAUCAAUCUUUUUGUAGGAAAUUCUGUUUUGAUGAGCAAAUAAUCACCGUCAAACUUUUAUCUGAAAUAUCUGAUGGAGACUACAUAAAUCUGAUCUUAGAUGUUUCUGAUUACACUUACCGGAAAACAAUCGUGAGUCCGAGGUUCUGCAACCCACAGAAAUUGUGACGUUAUUUUUCAGACAGCUGAAAUCUCAACAAACAGUCUGUGUUUCACAUUUGAUUGGAAUUCUUGUACUCACUCUGUUCAGAUAGGCAUUGACCAAAAGUUUAUGUAUGUUUGAUGAACUACAUAAAAAUUAUCAAAAUUAAUUAUGAACCUUUUACAGAGAAUGUCAAUUAUCAGGACACGACUUUUCAAAACCAGAUGACUUAUCGGAUGCAGUUUUGAUUGUAGAAAAUGUUAUUUUUCAUGUUCAUACAACGGUAUUUCUUAAAAACGAUUUUUUUUCAAAUCUAAUUUUUUUCAGAUCUUGAGCUUGUUCUCACCAUAUUUCAAAACACUAUUUUUCGGAAAAUUCAAAGAAUCGAGUGAUUUGUCGAAGCCAAUUGAAUUAAAAGAAAUCAACCCAAAAUCAUUUCGAAACUUUUUGAACUGUUUAUAUUCGUAUCCAUAUAACUUUAAAGUUACAAGUGAGUUAGGUAUCAAAGUCUCGAUUUCAAAUAACUUUUAUUUUCAGGAGAAAACGUGACUGAGUUGCUUGAGUUGGCACACUUCUAUGAUUGCAAAAACGUUUUGGCGAUAUGUGAGACAUUUAUUGAUAAACAUAAUUGCUGA